AUGUCGCUGAAGCGAGGUGCCAUUGACUCGUUCUUCAAGCGCCCUGAGCCCAAGAAACCCAGAUAUGAAGCAAGUCUUCAUAAGUCAAGCCAUGCGUCUUACCCCUUCGCCAUCCCACAUCUGCCUGCCCCGUUCACGGAGCAGUUGGGAUUCGCACCUGCUGAGGAGGGCAAGGUCAUGAACGACCAGCUGGACCUGGAUCUUGUAUAUUAUCAGCCAUACGUACCUUCCAGUAUUGCGCCAGGGCUUUUCGAGUUCCUUCGACAGGAACUUCCCUUCUACCGCGUGCAGUACAACAUCACCCGCGGAGGAGCACAAACUCAGAUUAACACGCCGCGGUUCACAACCGUCUUUGGUGUUGACGACACAUCGCGCUUUGCAGCUGAUGGCAGCAUCGUAGAUGCAAAAACUGAAAAGCCGGUUGAGAAGAGCCGCUACAAGUGCGCACCUCGUCCUAUCCCACAGUGUCUGGAGGAACUGAAGAAAGUGACAGAGGGCACCACUGGCGAGACCUUCAACUUUUGCCUCGUCAAUUACUACGCCGAUGGCAAGGACAGCAUAUCGUACCACUCGGACGAUGAGAGAUUCCUCGGUCCUAAUCCGGCAAUCGCAUCGUUCAGUCUCGGUGCAAAGCGCGACUUCUUGAUGAAGCACAAGCCUAUCCCACCCAAGGCAGGCGUUGUGGUGGCGGAGCCAAAGGGCAUCAAGCUGCCUCUCGGCUCGGGAGAUAUGGUCUUGAUGCGUGGCAAGACGCAGGCGAAUUGGUUACAUAGUAUACCAAAGCGCGCCGGUCCCGAGGCAGGCAAAGGGAGGAUCAACAUUACCUUCAGGAAGGCGAUGAUCAAGGGCGGUACGGAGAAUUACUACCAGUAUAAUGUUGGCACGGGUGGAGUGCACAAGUGGGAUGCGAAGGCCGAGAAGAUGGUGCCUUGGACGGCGGCUGCAGAGCCUCAAGCGUCUGCGAACGGCGAUGGCAAUAGCGCAGGGCCAAGUAACGGAGCCUGA